AUGUCCAACUAUCCACAUGUUGACAGUCCAUCUCCUGUAAAUGUCCCAGCCACAGUGGUGGAGGCCAUGACGAGGCAGGAAUCCCUCCAGUCCUUCAGCAAAAACGGCAAACCCUCUUCCUCAUCCUCUUCAUCGUCCUCCACUCCGUCCUCCACCCUCAUGCGCUCCAUGGUCUUCCCACUCCCCUGCCCUCGGAGUUUCUCCCUGUUGGAUAAGGUUGGGGUUCAGUCGGACUCCAGUUUUGGCCAGUUGGGGUCAAAGAACCAGAGAGUCCUGGCAAGUCCCACAUCCACCAGCCAGCUUAGCAGUGAGUUCAGCGACUGGCACCUGUGGAAAUGUGGCCAGUGCUUCAAGACCUUCACCCAGAGGAUCCUGCUCCAGAUGCAUGUGUGUCCGCAAAAUCCUGACCGACCAUACCAGUGUGGCCACUGCUCCCAGUCCUUCUCUCAGCCUUCAGAGUUGAGGAACCAUGUAGUGACGCACUCCAGCGACCGACCUUUCAAAUGUGGAUACUGCGGCCGGGCCUUCGCUGGCGCCACGACGCUCAACAACCACAUCCGCACACACACAGGAGAGAAGCCGUUCAAGUGCGACCGCUGCGACCGCAGCUUCACACAGGCCACUCAGCUCAGCCGCCAUCAGCGACUUCCCAACGAGUGCAAACCCGUGAACGAGACCAGCGAGUCCAUCGAGGUGGAUUAACCCCCGACUGUUUCCCGACUGAGACCACGUCCACAUUAAGACAGUUCAAUAUGAAAAUGUGACUCUUUCUUCAGUUUUGGACCUCCAUCCACACCAAGACGCUCACUUCAUAUUAAUUCUAAUUUAGUUUUCCAGAAAUAAAGCUCCUGAGGAGCAUCACUGUGUUAAUUGGGUCCAACCUGCACUAAAUUAAAUGUGUGGAUUAAAAAUAAAGUUUGCAAAUUCCAGGAGUUUCCAGGGAUAAACAACAAAAUGUGAAUGUAUGGUAAAUUUUUUUGGGCAAGUAUCAUUUCAGUGUAGUGUGAGAAUCACUUUGGUCUUAUUUACGAUCACAUUUGUUUCACCUUUCCUUGCUUUUAAGUUGAUGACAACACCUUAAGUUACCACAGUAAUGCAAUAACAGCUUUCCAACAAGCUCUAAACCAAACAACAUGAGAGGAAGUGUCAUGGUUGUUGUAACUUUUCAGUCGUGUUGACCCACCUGACUGCGGUUGAAGUAAAAAACUUGCAAACACACAGAGAAAAGCUGCUGGUUGUGGCAUUUAUGUCCAAACUCUCCACCAGUCAUUGUUAGCUUCCAAUAGAUCAGCCCAUUUUAACGGACACGAUACGGCUUUUUAAUUCAGUUCAGUUUUAUUUAUUUAGCACCAAAUCAUAACAAAAGUUGCAUCAAAGCGCUUUAUAUUGU